GUUUGCGAAGCAAAAAUAACCCUAAAAUAAAUAACGGCUUUUGGGAUUCAAAGAAAACUAUUCGGAUUCUUGGCUCCCAAAGUUGAAAGUUUUGGUGCAAUACGGGGGUUACGGGUAUGAAUGAUCUUCCAUCAGAUAUUUUGCCGAAUAUAUUUUUUCGUUUACAUGCUGAUUUAGUUUUAGUUUGCAAACCAUGGAGAAAUGCCAUUAGGAAUCUCAUUAAGGACCCAUCGUUUAUUAAAAAUCAUCUUGCUCAUAGUAAACUGUUGCUGCAAAAACUUGACGAGAAUUACAGUCAGGAUGCUUCAGCAAAUGCUUGUGAGAUUGUUCGAUCAGGGUUCCUUAAGUUACAAUAUAUUGACAGUAGUAAGAGUGACAAAUGCAGGCUUAAGUAUAUUGAAUAUUGCGUGGAUGCAAAUAAGAAGUCUUACGAAAUGAAAAAUAAAACGAUCAACACUCUUUCCAUUAGGCCGGCCAAGUAUGAUUUACAUCUUGUCAUGAUUGCUUCAUGCAAUGGCUUGAUUUGUUCUACUGUUCGUCACAGUAAUCUGGAUGACCCUGUUCACAUAUUUAACCCUGUAACAAAAGAAUACGUUUUUCUUCCGAGAUGCACAGGCACAAAUGGAAUUAUACCAUAUGAGAUGGUGUAUGGAUUUGGUUACAGUUCUUCGACGGACGAGUAUAAAGUUGUCAGAAUCUACCAGAAACCUGCUGCAUGGUUUUUUCAGGUGUAUAUUCUUGGCAAUGAGAGUAGUACAUGGAAGGAGGAAAAAGAAACCCCCUUGUUUAAUCAUGGGUUUCGAUAUUCAAAGAGUGUUUCUGUAAAUGGAGAGCUAUUUUGGCUUGAUUACUCGUUGAAUAUUCUUGCUUUCAGCUUAGCCGAUGAGGAGUUCCGUUAUAUAGCUUCACCACUCAUCGUAGGAGGAAACAAUACUUAUGGAAAGCGUCUUUGUGUGUUUGGAGAUUGUUUAUGUCUUGUUGAUCUAAAAUCAGCCACAGGGAAGAGAAAUACACAUGCUGACAUAUGGUUAUUUAAAAAUAACAAUGACAUGAAUGUGCAACAGAAUGGAACUUGGAUUUGGAAUAGGGAGUUGACUGUGCAAGCUGAAACUAGAUAUGAUUUUGAUCUUCUUCCUCUUGCUUUUACCAAGAAUGGCAAGCUUUUAUUUUGGCAGGAUCAUAGAUUUGUCUCUUGUUACGAUCCAAAAACUGCAGUACUUGAAGAACUAAGGAAGGAUGAAGAUGGUCAUAGAGCCAUGAGCUUUUAUCAAGCAACUCCUCAUACCAACAGUUUUGUUUCGCUGAAAGCUCUUGGUAUGAAAUGUAGGAGAAGACCAAACUACAAGGGUAAGUAAACUGAACAGAUGGCUAAGGAUUGAACCAUAUGAUUUCGUGGUUUUUCUAUUUUUUUUAACUUUUUAUUUUGAAUGUUUCAAGAUAUUCUUGCUUUAGUCCUAUAAUUUGAAGUCAGAUUUUCAUUGUUAUUGUUGCUGACAUUGGUUAUAUCUGAAUACAUUCUUGAACCAAUA